AUGAGAGAAACAGCAGGCGAUCGUGUGAAGCGCUUCAUUGAGAGCAAGGAUUGGAAAUUAUUUUGUGUCCUUGGUGCCAGCGUAAUUGUUGCGGGCGCGGGCGUUUAUUACCUUUCGUCGUCGUCUUCGGCGCCAAAGACACCAGACAAAGAGGAGUCCUCCGGAAGACGCGGUCGUGGUACAAGCAGUGAUAUUAACCAAUCCGCUGUACUGGGUAAUUUUGAGAAUAUGCCAGCCGAGACCAUUGCAAAACUGUCGCCCACACAACGAUCUGAAGCAGCACAAUCAUUAAAGUCCAGAGGGAAUAGCAUGUUUGGCAAAAAGAAGUGGACAGAAGCAGCUCAGCUCUAUACCAAAGCCAUCGAAUUCAAAGCAGACCCGAUCUAUUAUUCAAACCGAGCUGCUUGCUAUGCAAACCUUGGCGAUAAUGGUCGGGUUUUCGAUGACUGUAAUAGCGCCUUACAACUGAAUCCGGUCUAUAUUAAAGCAUUGAAUCGACGUGCACAUGCGCUGGAGCUGCGGGGGGAUUUAGAAACAGCUCUUUAUGAUUAUACUUGCGUCUGUAUUCUGGAAAACUUCAACAACGAGGUAGCAGCACGAUCCAUGGAAAGAUUAAUGAAAAAGGUUUCUGAAAGGAAAGCUGCAGAAAUAAUGAAGACCAAACAACCACGGCUACCAUCAUCCACUUUUGUCAGCGCUUAUUUUGACUCAUAUAGAUCUGAUCUUUCACGAGCCGAACCGGUUGCGUCUAGUGAAAACAUAGGGGAUAGCCGUUUUGUAGAGGCAUGCGAAGCAAUCAAAUCCAGAAACUAUGAGAAAGCAUACAAAGCGUGUGAUCAAGCUAUUGAGCUUGGUCUAUCACCUGCCUAUCAAGCACAUGCAUUGAAUAUCAAGGGCACGUUCAAGUUUUUGAUGGGCAAUGCAAAAGAAGCACUUGCAUGUUUUGACAAAUCAAUCGAAAUCGAUCCCAAAUACAUCCAGAGCUAUAUUAAACGAUCUAGUAUAUACAUUGAGCAAGGUAACCUGGCUGCUGCUAUAAAGCAAUUCGAAGACGCUCUGGCUAUUAAUCCAACUGAUCCUGAUAUUUACUAUCACCGAGGUCAAGUCAACUAUAUCAGCGGCAACUACGAGAAUGCAGCCAAGGAUUACAGCAAAAGCAUCAGCCUCGAUGAUUCCUUUGUAUACGCACAUAUCCAACUUGGUGUAGCGCAAUAUAAGCUCGGACGGAUCGCAGCAGCCAUGUCCACGUUUCAAGACGAUGCAUUAAAACUAUUUCCUCAAUCGUCCGAGGUCCAUAAUUACUUUGGUGAACUCUUGAUAGAACAGCAAAACUUGCCACAAGCAUUGGAAAUGUUUACAAAGGCAAUUGCGCUGGAUCAGAGCAGUCCUUUACCGUAUAUCAACAAGGCAAUGUUGACAUAUCAAGUCAUGCGUGAGCCAGAUGAGGCUAUUCGGUUAUGCAAAAUCGCAUUACAAGUGGAUCCUGCAUGCGAUGCUGCAGUGGCUUCUUUGGCACAAAUCCUACUGGAACAAGGGAAACCAGAAGAGGCAUUAAAGUACUAUGAAACAGCGAUCGAUUUAGCGCGCACGGAAACUGAAAUUGAGCACGCUAUUUCCUACGUUGAAGCAACCAAAGCACAAAUCAGAUUUGCGCAAGAUUAUCCACAGCAAGCAGCAGCUAGCCUGUCAAAAAUGAGAGGAGGACAUUAA